CGCAAGCAUCGCGCGUAUAGAAGGUCCUCGCUGAACUUUGGUGUGUGCAGUAAUCAGCAAAAACAACGACAAUGGGCGACAGCGACGAAGACGAAACCCUCUACUACCGUUACACCACCCCUACACCUUCUCAACCAUCCUCCUCCACCACCACCAAACGCGGAAGCGGCGGCUUAGCUCCGUCAAAAUCAACCGUUUACGUUAGCAAUCUUGACUACAACCUAACAAACUCCGACCUCUUCACCAUAUUCUCCACCUUCGGCAAGGUCGCUCGCGUCACCAUCCGCAAACACCCCACCACUCGUCUCAGCCGCGGCAUCGCCUUCAUCCUCUUCGUCUCCCGCAACGACGCCGUUUCCGCCGCCCGCCAAAUGAACGGAAAAAUCCUCAACGGUCGCACCUUAACUGCUUCCAUUGCCGCCGACAACGGCCGUGCUCCCGAGUUCAUUCGUCGCCGUGUUUACAAGGACAAGUCCAGGUGUUAUGAGUGCGGUGAAGAAGGUCACCUCAGCUAUGAGUGUCCCAGGAAUCAGCUCGGUAAUAGGGAACGCCCCGUUCCGAAGAAGGGUAGGAGAGAGACUGAGCAGAGGAAAAAGACCGAGACUGAAGCCGAGGCCGGGGCCGAGGCCGAGGAAGAGAUAGAUUGGAAUGAGGAAGAUAAUUGGGCUUCUGUGGUUGAUAGUGGUGCUGAUCAGAGAUUGUUGAUGGGAGUGGAACAAGAGAAAUUGGGGAAAGGGAAGAAAGUGAAGAAGAACCCUAGCUAUUUUAGUGAUGAAAGUGGGGAAGAAGACUGAAUAUACUUUCAUAUGGGGUAAUUAUUGUAAGCUCAUAUGCUCUGAUCGCGCUUCAAUCCAUCUUUGAUUGAUUAUGAGGGUUCAAUUUAAUGCUAGGAACAUUGGGGACAAUGUUGCAUCAUGGGACUCUGUUUUCAUACAACUGGCAGAAAGCUGGUAAUGGAGCAAGCUAUAUGAAAAUAUGGGAGACGCCGAGACGGUGAUCUAGGGAGUAGUAUAUACUUUGUGGUAAGGAGGAACAGAAAAAAAAAGAUUUGCAGGCAUUUUGAGAACUAUCUUGGGAGCUCUUGCACCAAAAGCAAUAGACCGAAUACCCUAAUGCUGCCGUAGAUAUUGGAUCACUUGUUAUUGUCGUGUAUAAUCUGGGUGUUAACCGCAGUUAUGCUUAGUGAACACUAGAGGAGAAGGUAGAUGGUCAUGGGCUUAUCAGAAAGUUGAUGAUAUGGUCCAUUUUUAAACGAGUUGCUCUCAAAUUCUCAAUUUUUUGCCUGGUGCUUCUUUGCUGGAUAA